AUGGCUGCAUUUUAUGAUGGAAACAGCAUUUUCAGCACUUCGUAUUAUGAGGCCUUCCACAUUAGCCACAGUAAGCGUUUGGUCAAGUUGGUGAUCUCCUCCAAGGAGAACGAUACUAGUGCCAUUGAGGCUGAGAUCCCCAUCUCCUACCAUCUUGACCGAGUUGAUCAGCGAGAGCUCCCACUUGAUGGAAGCUACAACCCCAUUGGUGAUGGAGAAGGAGUUGAUAUCUACGUAUUGGACUCAGGGGUCUCCUACGAACAUGAGGAGUUUGAAAACCGUGCAAAAUUUGCUCAAUAUGAUCCAAUGGAUAGGCAUUUAGGAGAGAAUAGGACAGGCCGGGACUGUUACGGUCAUGGCACCCACGUGGCUAGCAAUGCUGCAGGGAGGACAUAUGGUACUGCAAAGAAAGCAACCGUGUACAGUGUCCGUGUGCUGGACUGUGAGGGCUUUGGCACGUGGAGUGUCAUACUGGAAGGACUGGACUAUGCCAUGAGGGUCAUUCCCACCCGUGGUCGUCCUGCAGUGGUGUCAAUAUCCGUGACUGGUGGCUACACUCAGUCAGUCAACGAUGCCAUUCAGGCUCUCUACAAGUCUGGAGUCCCAGUUGUGGUGGCUGCUGGGAAUUAUGCUUCAGAUGCCUGCCCGUGGUCUCCUGCUAGUGCUCCCAAUGCCAUAACAGUUGCUGGUAGUGCCGAGGGUGACAGACUCUACUCUAAAACAAACUAUGGUUCCUGUAUUGACAUCUUUGCUCCUGGUCAUAAUGUUCAGGGAGCCAACCAUAUGUGCAGUGAUUGCUAUCAAUUUAAGAGUGGAACUUCAUUUGCUGCUCCACUAGUGAGUGGAGCUGUUGCAAUAUUAUUGCUACAGAGACAGCCAAGACUGACACCUGCUCAGAUUCUCUACCAGUUGAUCUCUCUCUCUUAA